GGCAGCGCCCACCUCCCUGAGCGUGGGGUCAGGCUACGUCCUCCCAGACCUUGCUGGCUCGCUCACCGCAGAGGUCGGCUAGCGGAGCAGCCGAGACCCCGGAGUAACCGAGGUGGCGGUGGCGGCGGACCCUCUCUAGGAGCAAAGAUGGAUCUUGUACUCAACAUAGCAGAUUAUUAUUUUUUUACACCAUAUAUAUAUCCAGCCACAUGGCCAGAGGAUGACAUCUUCCGACAAACUAUCAGUCUCCUGAUUAUAACAAAUCUUGGUGCUUAUAACCUGUAUUUCUUCUUUGCAACACUGAGUUAUUAUUUUGUCUAUGAUCAUUCAUUAAUGAAACACCCACAGUUUUUAAAGAAUCAAGUCUAUCGCGAGAUUAUGCAUUCUGUCAAAUCAAUGCCAUGGAUAAGCCUUCCCACUGUUUCACUGUUUCUGCUAGAAGUGAGAGGUUACAGCAGAUUAUAUGAUGGCGUAGGAGAGUUUCCAUUCGGCUGGUUUCGACUCCUUGUUAGUGUAUUGUCCUUUCUCUUUUUCACUGACAUGCUGAUCUACUGGAUUCACAGAGGCCUUCAUCAUAGACUUUUAUAUAAGCGCUUACACAAACCUCAUCACAUCUGGAAGAUCCCUACUCCAUUUGCAAGUCAUGCUUUUCACCCUCUGGAUGGCUUCCUUCAGAGUCUCCCUUACCACAUAUACCCUUUCGUUUUUCCCCUACACAAGGUAGUUUAUUUAGGUUUGUACAUUUUGGUCAAUAUCUGGACAAUUUCCAUUCAUGACGGUGACUUCCGUGUUCCCCAGAGCUUAAGGCCAUUUAUUAAUGGCUCAGCCCAUCAUACAGACCACCACAUGCUCUUUGACUAUAACUAUGGACAGUACUUCACGUUGUGGGACAGAAUUGGAGGCUCAUUCAAAAACCCCUCCUCCUUUGAAGGGAAUGGACCGCUUGAUUAUGUGAAGAAGAUGACAGAAGAAAAGUUCAGCAACCAUGCAGGAAAUGGUUGUAAAAAUGAAAAAUUAUUCAAUGGCGAGGGUAAAAAGGCUGAGUAGAUCAUUGCCGAAUUACUGAAUAUUUUUAAUCAAGAAAAAUAAUCUACGUAUGUACAGCCAAGAGGCCUAGCACGUGAACAGUAUCAUUUGAAAAUCAGAAUGGUGGGUCCUGCUGAGGAAUGAUCAUGCUGGUAGGUCGAAAGAACAUGCUGUGAACACCAAGGGACUAAUGGUGUCUUUCUAGCCAGCAGAUCUGCAAUUUGUAUAGCCUCAACAACAGUUUUUUAAAAGAUAGAGGAUAAGUUUUUAAGGGGACCAGGUAAUGUCCUUUUGCCUUAAUUCAUCAUUAUUCAUUAAGUAAAAUUCAUUGUGCUUAAUGAUAUCACGACUAAACACCGUAACAACAAAAUACUAAUGUAAAGAUGGUUCCUUGUUUCAGGAAUGAGUUCAGUACAUAAUAACAGCUACUUGUAGCAUGUUGUUCAAGUGGAAACAUCAGUAUGGGGAAAAAAUUGUGAUAUAAUAGCAGCUGAGUGACGUGAUAGCAGGUGUAAUGCGAUUAUCGUCUUCCUACACACAGAGAACUUAAUCUCUGGGGUCAUUGUCAAAUAUUACAUUUUACUGAUGAACAAAUAAAUUGGGAAUUUUAAAAAAUAUUAAUAUUACCAUGAUUUAAUCCAGAACUGGGAUUAUUUAAAGAUUUUGGUAAUUAUUAUUUUAAACCAUUAUUUAAUAAGUAUAAAAUUAUGCGACUCUGAAUAUAUGUAGAAAGGGAAAUUUGAUACCCAAAUAAUACAUUUGACUCUACUGGGGUUUAGGGGUCUUUUUGGCCAGGCCCAAGGCAUGUCAAAGUUCCCAGGCCAGAGAUGAACCCAUGCCACAACAGCGACCUGAGCCACAGCAGUAACACCACCAGAUCCUUAAUCUGCUGUACCACAGGGGAACUCCUAAUGGUCCUGGUUUUUUAGUUUAAUUGAUGCACUGCACUUUUGAUGUCUCAAAGUUACAAUCCUGUGAUUUUCUAUGAAAGGAAAUUGUUGUCAGAUAUUUAGGCCUAUCACUUAAGAUUAGCUUUAAAAUCUUUUCUCUCUUUCUUCACUUUUACCCACUUCUUCUGCAAAAUUAUUUAACAAAUAUUUUCAUAGAGAAAUGUCAUGUGUUGUAACAUAAACGUGAAAACAUGGUUUGCAAAGGCAUUCUGUAAAGUAUGUAAAAUAAAAGUUGAUUAUGACUGUUA